AUGAAUUUAAGCAUUAAGGUAAUGCAAGCAGAUAUACGACUGUGUUUACUGGUCGCAACACUGGCACUUGGUGUCGUGUCGGGAUCGGGACCGUGCGAGCGCGGGCGUAGCUGGUGGCACCGGCAGAGCGGCACCUGCCUCCCUUGCACCCGCUGCGACCCCACGCGCCUCGCCGUCAAGUAUCCCUGCGAGCUACACCGGGACACAGUUUGCCAGUCCCUCUACGAUGUGCGAAUAUUUCCAUUUAACACACGUCCUCGUAAAAGCAAUGGAACGAACGCGAGUGAACAGUCCAGUGAUUACGAAUAUUACGAAUACGCGGACUACAGCGGUGAAGUGACAGAUAAAAGUGAUGGUGAACUAGAAUGGGAUGUACAAGCGUCAACCUUGACACUGGCUGUGAGUGGCUGUGUGGUGUUCUUUGCAGUGGUGUUGAUACUGUCAUUGUAUCACGCAAGGCAGUGGAAGGUUCUGAAAAAGGCGCUCGAGUCGGACGUACAAGACUUGUCAGCCAAGCUGAAGUUAAUGGAGGCGGGCGGCGAAAGUCCGGCCGAGCCGGUAAUGGCCACCGAUCACAUCUACUGUAACAUACAUGUAGGAAAAGACGCCCUGCUAGGUGGAACGUCAACCAAAAAAGGAUUGGGCAACGUCUACACGCAGAAGCUCUCACCCUAA